AUGAGCAUCGACGCCAUGCUCGACAUGGAGCGGAAAGAAGUUCUCGCUCUGUUGGAGCGCGGCAGCGAGGCCCCUGCUCCGUCAUCUAGGAAAGAGGCUCCUGCGAGCAACGCCGCGUCGUCAUCCAGCAGACCGGCCGCUACCACCCAGGGCCCCGUGAGGAGCAUGCUGGACGUUCAGGCGCCGCCAUCCCCACAGCUGGUCCGCAGUAUGCUGGAUAUCAGUGCCCCGGUGCCGGACUCUCCUCGGCGGCCGGGCCGGAGCUCAACUCCAAGCUCGCCUCUGAUGGCGCCCAGCGAGCCCUACUUCAGACACCAACCGUCUUCUGGCUUGGGGCCACACCCUCGGAGCAGGUCGGAUGCCGGCGUCAAGUUCGCCGAGCCCAGACGCAGCUCUCGACAAGACCCGAUUGCCAAUUACCAAUUCUCCAGCAUCAUGUCCCAUAGCUCGGGUCCUCAGUCGUCGUUGAAAUGGUCGUCCUCGAGAAACAGCAAACGAGAGAGUGGAGGAUCCCUGGGAGACGUGCUAAGGGGCUCCGAGAAUGGGCUUCAGCUGCCCACGGAUAGAGGCCGAUCUCCUCUCGGUGGCUCUCGUAUCUUCCCCAACCAGUCCAAGUCUCCCCAGGCUCAAAACCGCCGUUGGGGCAGUAGGUCUAGAUCACCGGCAACCUUUACCGCACCACCGCUGCCGCCGGGCAAGGCCAUGCUAAAGGAUGGCCAGAUUGUUAAUCUCAACAAUGCCUACCGCAAAUUGUCAGAUGCGAAUCUCAUUCAGUCUAGCGGAAGUUUGGCGCAGCUGCCUAUGCGGAAGAAGUCGGCAGAGGCAGGGGAAGGCAGACUCGUCAAAGAUUAUGUUGGGCCGGAUGGCGAGCAUCUCGAAUCGAGUGACGAAGAAGAUGAGGAGUCGUCUGAUGACGAGGACCGAGGACGCAAGAAGUUCCCUCGCUCCCUGAUACACGGUACUGGAGACAAUGGCCACUCAGCAGCUGGUAGCAGCUCACAAUCAGGGGGACGACAGCCGCUGAGCUUGCUGGCGGCGGCGGAACAAGAGCGUUCACAAGUGGCAUUUCAACAGCCCCAAUAUCAGUACCGCUCCCUGUUCGACGAACCCGAGAUUAAAGUGACGAAUGCAUCCGGAGAAACCGCAAAGGCAACCAAGGCCAACAGGGGAGUCCAUCCGGUGACCAGCUACGACCAGGGCUUGGCUUCGGCAACGCCAUCAGUCAUGGACUCGGACGAAGAGGCCGAGAUGGACGACAUCAAGAGGGCGCAAAACCUGUCAUUCACGAUGACCAAUGUCCUGGAGACGCCGGAAGCGCAUCGUGCCAUUCGCAUCAUCUACCGUGGAGAUUUCACUAGGAUCGUUCAGGCAGCGGAAGAGGAGAAUCACAGGCUGAGAAAAUAUCUGGUGGCGACGGACUUGAGCGACGAAUCAACCCACGCGCUUGAAUGGGCGAUUGGCACAGUUCUCCGGGACGGCGACACACUGGUUGCGAUCUACUGCAUCGACGAGGAAACGGGAAUAGCCGCGGCGGAGGUCCAAGUGCCGGACGAGCCCAAGGCGAUCAAGGAGCAGGCGGCGGCCAUCAAUCUGAUGACGAACACGAAGCUGGUGCCGGCGCAAACAAACCUCGUGUCGGAGUUCAAGCGCACCUCAGCCUUUUACCUGAGGAGCGACUCCAACGCCGGCACGCCAACCGGUUCGCCGGCGCCGUUGUAUCGCAACGACCGCUUCAAGGCCGAGCAGGAGCGCAGCCGCGCCGUGCAGCAGAUUACGGACAAGGUGCUCCGUCUCCUGAGGAAGACGAGGCUCCAGGUCAGGGUGAUUGUGGAAGUGCUGCACUGCAAGAACCCACGGCACCUGGUGACGGAAGUGAUUGACGUUAUCAAUCCCACUUUGGUGGUGAUUGGGAGCCGAGGCCGAAGUGCGCUCAAGGGUGUUAUCUUGGGAUCCUUCUCUAACUAUCUGGUCACCAAGAGUUCGGUGCCCGUCAUGGUCGCACGCAAGAAGUUGCGCAAGCAGUCCAAGUACAAGCGAACUCCGGUAAAGCAGGUUAACAAUAUCAGCAACCCAUCGGCCAAGAGCCUGGCCAAUGCCAAAGUAGACUAG